AUGGUGCACACAUGUUUGUCCCCAGUCACAGAGGAGCUGGUGCGGAGGCGUGCUGAGCAUAAUGAUGGGGAGCUUUUCUCUCUGGAGGAGCUGUCUCUGCACCAGCAGGACAUCCAGAUGAUCCAGCACCUGGAGCACUGGUGCAGACAGCUGCGCAUCCUCUACCUGCAGAACAACCUCAUCUCCACCAUUGAGAACGUGGGGAAGCUGAAGAAGCUAGAGUAUUUGAACCUGGCUCUCAACAACAUCGAGCUCAUAGAGAAUCUGGAAGGCUGUGAGUCAUUACAGAAGCUGGACCUCACAAUAAACUUUGUGGGGCAUCUGAGCAGUGUGCAGUCACUCACACAUAACAUCCACCUAAGGGAACUCUUCCUGGUGGGGAACCCCUGCGCAGACUUCCAGGGCUACAGGGAGUAUGUGGUGAGCACUCUGCCCCAGUUGCAGUUUCUGGAUGGCACAGAGAUCAGCCGCUCGGAGCGACUCAGAGCCGCUCAAGGAUUAGACCAAAUCAGGGCUCUGGUGCACCGACAGGAAGAAGAGUAUGUGAAGAGGAGGGAAAGAGAGAAGGAGGAAGAGGCUAAGAAGGAGGAGGGAGAGAAUGAUGAGAGCGGUGGUGCAGAGCAGAAGCAGCAGACACAGCAGGAGGAGCAGGCUGAGCUGGACUUCUGGCAGACUCCAUGCUCCUUCAGUCCUGAGUCCAGACUGGCAGCUCACAGACACUUGGAGAAGAGGCGCAUGGCCCAGGACAAGGACGCUCAGAAGAAGCCCCCUCCUCCUCGGACCCUGAUCACUGCAGACGGACGAGUGCUCAACGCCAACGAGCCCAAGCUGGACUUUUGUCUGACUGAAGAUGAGGAGAACAACACUAUUGUUCUGGACCUGGCUGUUUACAGACACUUGGACACCUCUCUGAUAGACGUGGAUAUUCAGCCCAACUACGCCCGAGUCCUGGUCAAAGGGAAGGUGUUCCAGAUGGUGCUCCCCACUGAAGUAAAGCCUGAUGCCUCCACAGCUCAGAGGUCCCAGAGCACAGGGCACCUUGUCCUCACCAUGCCCCGGGCUGAAGGGGAAAUCCGAGUGAAGAAACAGAAGCCUCCUGUCCCCAAACACAGGACUACAGCAGCAGGUGAGCACGUGGACUACAGCAGCAGGACUGGCUCAGCCCAUGAGAGUUUGGAAGUAGAUUCCAGCAGACGGGUGGAUUUCACAAACAUCGUCCAGCGUCCUCACAGCAGAGAGGGUCCUCUAGAGACCAGAGGAACAACUGUCCAAUCAGAGCCCAGUGUGUCCCCCGAGUUUGUGGACGACCCAGAUGUCCCGCCUCUCAUGUAG